AUCAAUAUACAGACUGAAAUCUAAUGAUGUUCAAUUGAUGAUGCUGAGGCUUUGAGUCUCCCUCUGAAUUCCUAUCAAUUUUUUCCUCCAUUGCUUCAUUUCUUACUGUAAGUUGAAAACUUUCUUCGGGGUUCAGCCAUGACUACGUCUGCCUUGCGUAGGCAGGUUAAAAAUAUUGUGCACAAUUAUUCUGAGGCUGAAAUUAAGGUGCGUGAGGCCACUUCCAAUGAUCCCUGGGGCCCUCCUAGUUCUUUAAUGUCUGAGAUUGCAGACUUGACCUUUAACACAGUGGCAUUCGCAGAGGUCAUGGGUAUGAUCUGGAGGCGACUCAAUGAUAGUGGCAAAAACUGGCGUCAUGUCUACAAGGCCCUGACUCUUCUGGACUACCUCAUCAAAACAGGCUCAGAGAAGGUGGCUCAUCAGUGCCGGGAAAACUUGUACACCAUUCAGACUUUAAAGGAGUUCCAAUACAUAGACCGCGAUGGCAAAGACCAGGGCAUAAAUGUUCGGGAGAAGGUCAAGCAGGUUAUGAGCCUGCUAAAGGAUGAGGAGAGGCUGAAGCAGGAGAGAACCUAUGCCCUGAAAACCAAGGAGCGGAUGUCUCUUGAGGGCAUGGGCAUCAGCAGCAGCAGCAACAGCCAGCAACUUUCUUAUGGACGACGAGCUUCACAGUAUGGAGAUGACUAUGGAAGGUCGAGAGGUUCUCCAUCCUCUUUCAACUCCUCUUCGUCAUCUCCUCGGUUCAGUUCAGACCUGGAACAGGCAAGACCACAGACUACAGGAGAAGAGGAACUUCAGCUGCAGCUUGCCCUGGCCAUGAGUCGAGAAGAAGCAGAGAAGCCACUUCCUCCAGUUUCCAGUACGGAUGAAGAUCUGCAGUUACAGAUAGUGCUCACCCUGAGCAAACAAGAGCAUGAGAAGGAAGUGAGAGCGUGGAAAGGAGAAAAUUCACUGUUACAAAAGGCACUGGAAGAGAGCAACCUGGGUGCAGAGGAGGACAACGAAAAUGAUAAGAUGAAGAAAAGCCAGUCUUCUGUGAUGGAGCUGGCAGACAUUUUUGGACUACAACCUGUAACUUCUACCCACACGUCAGCUGACCCGUGGGAUAUUCCAGGUGGGGGUUAUCUUCGAUCAGUUGAGGGUUGGAACCAUGAUACGGCGUUUUCUCCUGCUUUUUCUCCUCCAGCUUUGCCCCUGUCCGGUUCUUGGGAGCUUAACAAUACUAAAUCGACAGUGGAAUCAACAGGUACAUCCUGGUGUCCCACUGCAGACCCCUGGGUUCCUGUAUCUUCUGUGGAUCCUCCUAGUCAGGCAACAUCAUCAGCUAAUCAAGCCUCUCCAGGGCCCUGGAAUCUUCCACCCGUUUCUGCCUCCUCCUCUGAUCCCUGGGUAAUGAAGUCUCUGCCUUCAAAUCUCUCAUCUUCGGAUCCCUGGGGAAAGCCCUCGCAGUCUCCUCCAGUCACUACUUCCACUGCUGAUCCCUGGGGAGGCUCUACUGAUAAACCUUCCGCAGCUAGCAAUGCUGCUUUUGACUUGUUUGCAAAACUACCAGAACAAGUGGAUCAGCCAGAGCAUGACAACAUCCAGGCUCCAUCAUCUGUGAAAUCUAACAGCCCUGUAGAUGUGGAUCUGUUUGGGGACAUUAUUCCAAGCACCAAGGAGAAUGGAGUCAAGAAUAAGGACAUUUUUGACAUUACAGGUUUAGAAGACUCUCUUCCUGAUCCUAAGAAGGACAAAAAGGAUUCCAAAACGCCAGAGACCUUUCUUGGCCCAAAUGCCUCUUCUUUGGUUAAUUUAGACUCCUUGAUUACAGCUCCCCAGAGCUUGAAAUCUCGUAAUCCAUUCUUGGCAGGUCUCAGCACGCCCUCUCCCACCAAUCCAUUCAACACUAUCGACCAGCCCAAACCAACUCUCAAUCAGAUGCGAACCAGCUCCCCAGUACCCAGCGUAGCUAUGGGAAUGCCCAUGAACUCCAUGACCUAUAGCACUUCCCUCCCUCUUCCGCUCAGCAGCAUCCCAUCAGCAAUGACACUUCCGGCCUCCAUGAGUGCCUUCCCUCAGGCUGGCGCAAGGCCUUUCCCAGAGAUACCCACCAAUUUGCCUCAACCUCUUCUACCACUGUCUGAUUCAGGUCCUGCUCCACUACCUUCUCAAGGCAGUAUGAACCCUUUCCUUUGAGAAGAUGCAGUCUGCAUUGUGUAAACCCUCUUGUCCCUUCCCCAGCUGUGACGGAAAUCCUCCCAUGCCAAAGCAUCAUGGGUACUGACUCAUACAUUGGGAUGAAGGACAUUUCUCCCUGGAUGCUCAUCUUCUCGAUCCUGCCCAGGACAGAGACAAGCUAGCAUGAACCUCCUCGCUUGAAGAGUUAAAACGAGAAACCAGCUGCUCCUUCGUGGUGAAUGCUGCUUCUGGUGGUAUUUAAGGACAUUCUGGUCACUAACUGGCACUGUUUCAAUGGGCAUUAAGCCCACCAGAAGUCCCUUAAGAAGGGCUUUAAUUUUUGAGGGCCUCUGUUCUCAAUGUUUUCUUUUUUUAACCCUGGUACACAUGGAAAUUAAGAUAAAACAUAACAUCAACUCCUAAAGAUUGUCCCCGUAGAGGGAAGGGAUGUUUUUGUAAGUUGCAUAGAAAACACAAACACUUUUGCCAAAGCUUGCAGCUUCACGGCACGCACGACAAGGGCACGGUCUCAUUUCUGGAGAUCAGGACAGCUCAGCAAGUCGAGUGGUGCUAUGUACGAGAGAAGAAAUCGGAUUUAUUUUGCCAACGGCACUUUCAGAGGGUUGCCUAAUAAAGAAAAACCUCUUUCUCAGCUUCAGUCACCCAGUGACACUGUGGAAAAACUCAAAAGUCUGCAAUUAGAAGACCCACAUUUUACGACCACAAAACUUGCAUAAAUAUUCCUCUUGUGCGUUCUUUGUGCUGGUUGCAAAGUAUAGAGCCGGUGCUGAAACAUACCGUUGGGGACCAGUAAGGAGGAGAGAGAGGCCAUUUUUAUUUUUGAAAAACGUGUGCAGAGCAAGACUAUGAGACUGGACAAUCUAUGGAAACAUCUGAAUCGCUGGUAACACGGUGGGUGAAAGAGAAUGGGGUAGCAUGAAGAAUUCAUCUCCAGCCCCUGAUCGCUGGAAAUUUGACCAAAUUCCUCUGACUUCUAAUUAGAAUUAAUUGCUAAAUGUACUGAAUAAUAAAUUACUAGAUGUAUUGAAUAAUAAACUUGGCUUUUAUAAAAACCCAAUACUGAGAUGCUCAGGACUCUGAAAAAGCUACCAUUCUUCAUACUUAGAGGAGUCCACCGUUCCUGGUCACCCAGCUUUUCACUUGAUGCUCCUGUGUUUGGAAUCCAGUGUCUCUCUGCCUACUUUGAGUCAGAUUACUUUUUUAAAAAAGCAUUGUACGACUUAUUUGUACAAUCUGGUUCCCCACUUGCUGUCUCUAUGGGUGACCUUUUAGCUACAUGUCUGAGCAAAGUCUGUGUUCCAGUCACCUCUCCAUCUCUUGCUCACGCCCCUUGAACUCCAACAUUUGGGAUGGCAACCCAGAAAAUGAGAAAUGUUCCAGCAAGGGCUGAUCCCACAGUGCAAAACCACUGGAAUAAGCAUACUAGGCUUUGUGAAGCCCGUGAGAAAAAUGAGGAGAGCUUUAAAGGAAGCAAAUCAUGGCUGCCUCCAUUUGAAUAUGACUCCAAGCACCUUGAUCUGCAAGGAACUGUUUUGUUGUGUCUUGGGGCAAUUAUCUGGAGCUCAGACCUGCUUCAACAGCUUGGAGAAAUCCAGAUAACUACUUUAUUCGCUGGCUUUCAUUUUUCAGUCAGCUUCUCCCACCCAUGUCCUUCCAAGAUACUAAGACUGUGUUGAAAACCAAUAUGCUGGAAUGGAAGGUCUCUUUACAGCAUGAAGUUAAUAUCCAAAUUACCAGCUGUGUCUUAACUUUGGGUUUUAGCAUGCCAGUACGAGUUGCAUCUGCAGGACAAGAUGAUUCUGGAGCACUGAUCCACUAGGUCCAGUCCAGAGGUGGUGAUACAGUCACAGUGGCUUUAUCGCCAGCGCAUAAGCACUACAACAUCAGUUAUCAUACCAAUAACAGACUUUCUGAUUAUAAUGGAACAUAGGAAAAACUAAUAUGCAGUCAAUAAAGUGUUCAAAUGUG